CUCCCGACUCCUUCCGGGUUUCAGCCUCCAUGAGCGCCGGGUUAAAGCGUCAGCAGGAACGAGCGCGAAGCCGAGCGGAGGAAAGCUCGCUUGCACUUUAAAACCACGCUGGCUUCCUGGCUGGCUUCUCAGGCUUUGAAAAAGGCUCCUGUUUUGGAAGUGCCCUGAAGGCGAAGAAGAAGCAAGACUUCUCCCUUGUGAAAUGCCUACCUGUGUUGGUCUAGGCUUUAGGAAAUAAAUGGGAGCGGAACGGCACAGUGAUGCCUAAACUCUGGGCGCGUUAGGCGGGUGGAAACUAACGCUUCAAGAAAGAAGCGUAGUCUCUUCUUCUUGUUACCAUCAAGGAUAGUAAAGCCACAGCUAUACUAAAACUCUGCAAUUUCUCCAUUGUUCCUUACAGGCAGCUGCUCCCUCCUUGCCCUCCCAGAGGGGACCCGUCCCCCAAAAUAACCCAAGGGAGUUCGCCUCCAGCCAGCGGAAUUCCCAGCCAGAUUUCUUUUACGCACCGAGUAGCUGAACAAACGGCUGCUCGGUAAUAAAUGCGCAUCUACUCCUGCGCGCGUCCCCAAACUGUAGGACACGGGGCGUUUGCUUCCUAGCAAGCCGGUCUCCACCAGCAUGUGGCGCAGUCCUGUUUCCGUUUCGCAGAAAGCGCUGUGUUUCUACGAAUACCUUGGCGCCUUGGGAGCGGGAGAGUUGUUUUGAUUUCUUCGGCGGGAAAAUCCGACGGUGCAGAGGGAGAUCCGAACGGCGGGGAGCCUGGCGAUCUUCCUGCAAGCAAAAAUGAAAGCAGCUCUCCAGUACCGGCGCUCCGAUUCAACCCGCUGACUGCAAAGCAUUUUAGCAACGGGAGGGAGACGCCCGUUCCCUUUACCUGCUCUCUGUGCCGAAGGCCUACAAAGUAGCACAGUAAGCUCCCUUUACUCCUCGCUACAGUUUUUGGGGUGGGAGGCAGCACCGAGAGAGCUCCGGAGCGAAGUGGGCAAGCGUUUCUGGGACCGGAUGUGAAACGUGUAUUAUUUUAUUAAAAUGUAUGCGCCCUCAAAGCCGUUUACAAACAUAAAACGAUAAAAUUAACAAUAAUUUAAAACUUUGGGAAAGUUACAAGAAGAGACUAAAAAAAAUUAAAACUUUCUUAACAGCUGGGUAGGCUUGUAUAAAUAGAAAUAUUUUUAGCAGGCGCUGAAAAGAGUACAGUGAAGGUGCCUGCCUGGUAUCCAUAGGCAGGGAGUUCCAAAGGGUAGUAGGUGUCCUUUGUACAAUCACUCCAGUACAGUACCUUCCUGUAAUUUUAGAGUCCCCCUUGCAACUACCCUGCUUCCUCAUCUUACCUGCUGUUGCUUCUCAAUCCAAAUUGAUACAAACUAGUGUGACGGCCUAACAAAGUUCUAUCCUAUGGAGCUCAUAUUCUUAUAAUCUUAUCUGCCAGUCCCCUUCCCACCCUUUCUCAUUCUCACAGUCUGGCCUGAAGGAUGUGGUAGCUACCAAAGGUAGCGGUUUGUGACUCAUUUGCAUCCUGUUGCGUUGGAUGAGUUUUAGUUGCUAACUCUUGAGGAUGUGAACAAGGUGCUUGGUUUAUUCCGAGCAACCACUUGGCCCCUUGCCCUUUUGCCCCUUGUGGCUGAUAAAAACUAGCAGAGGGAGCACACCUGGCUAGGGCAGUUGAUGAAUGCCUACUUGUGAGGGAGGGCAGUCCCUGCCUGCUUGAAGGAGACAGUGAUAAAACACUGCUUUAACCUCCCCUGAAUUUAGAAAAUUAAGUAAUUACCAGCUGCUAAAAUUUAGUAGGACUUCUGAAUACAUUUAAGGAUCAGGUUGUAAGCACCACUAUCCCAACCCCUCCCUCUCUCUUUUUAUCUCUUUAUUUGUGAAUCUUUAUAUUCCUGUUAAAACAUGUAUCUCAGUUUUUAUUUCUUGUUGAUCCAGUUCUAAGGCCGUUAGUAGUUUUACUGAUGGCCCCCAUCCACCCUUGACUUUUCUGAGGUGGUUGUUUGUUUGUUUGUUUUUGGUAUUCAGAAUUUCCCCCUUUCUUUUAACAGAAGCUGGACCGAUGAAUGGAACUCUCAUCGCAGGCACACCCAUUGCGGUGGAUUUUUGGAAUAUCAGAAAAGCUGGGAGGGCUCGUUUGUUCUUUCUUUCUCACAUGCACAGUGACCAUACAGUGGGGCUUUCCAGCACAUGGAACCGACCUAUUUAUUGUUCUCCGGUUACCGGUCGAAUUCUGCAUCUUAAACUGAAGGUAGAUCUUUACACACACAUGUGCGAUCUUCCACCACUUUAACUUAGGGGAGGCCUACAGUUGACUCUGCCAUGCCUUCAUUCUGUUUUUAGGUGGCUGAAAAAUGGAUCCACCCUCUGGAAGUUGGAGACAGCCAUGUCCUGGCCUUAGAUGAGAUGCAGAGAGAGACUAUGACUGUGACCCUGAUAGAUGCUAACCACUGUCCUGGAUCUGUCAUGUUCCUUUUUGAAGGUUACUUUGGUGUCAUCCUUUACACAGGUAUGUUGAGGAGAGACAUCUAACAUUUACCUCUGUGCUUUUUGCUAUCUCUUAAUUUGUUUCUCAGCACAAACACCUUGCCUAUUUUCCAGAAAUUAUUUUUAAAAUUACUUGCUUAUAUAUACAGUGGUACCUCUGGUUGCGAACGGGAUCCAUUCCAGAGCCCCAUUCACAACCUGAGAGGAACGCAACCCGCGUCUGCACAUGCACAGGUCGCGAUUCGCCGCUUCUGCGCAUGCGCAUGACGGCAUUUUGCAUGUCCUUUCUGGUACUUCCGGGUUGCCGUGGGACGCAACCUGAAAAGAUGUAACCUGAACCGAACGUAACAAGAGGUAUGACUGUAUAUGAAAUACACACAGAGAGAUAAAUAGGCAGAAACACCCCUUGCCUGUCUUGUGUCAUGGAACAUGGAACCAAGACAUGGUUUCCAGCUAGGUAGCAACCAGACCUUAGUUUCAGCAAGGUGCUGGCCUCAUGUGCCUUCCAUAUCCUGGGACCGGUAGCCAUGUUAGUCUGUUGAGAAGUCGGGGGCUGGACAGAAGAGGAGGAGUGGUGGAGACAGCCUCCCAUCCUGACCCUUCCAGGGAAGAGGAAGAGCAAGACAGUAUAGAUUUACGACAGUGAUUUGUGCCAGGUCACAGCUCAGAGGCAGAUGAGGGAGAAAGUUUCUUACAGUCCUUUUUUAUUUCAGACUUUACAGAGAGAGGCUAUAGAACCCAGCCUCACGGAUAAUGGGGUUGUUCUGAGUGAAUCUCCACCCCCCUUCUCUCCCACUUCCUCAUUCACCAUCAUCACCUCCUCUACAGGUGUUGCUAAGUGCCCUCAGUCUUUGAGCUCUUUGCUCUCCUACUUUUAAGGCCCGCCGGGUUCUGGGAGAUGGUGGGUCUGGAAUGCUUUCUAGUGACAACGUGUCAGCCAGCUGCUGCUGCUGCUCCUCCUCUCCCAUUAUUUUCCAACUUGCCCCCUUGUUUCUCCCUCUCCAUCAUAUGAAGGCAGAGUGGGAUGGCAGUUUCACCAGUGAUGUAUCGCUGGUGAAACCACCACUGCUCCUGAGUCCCUCUGCUGGCAGUGCCCACGGGAGGAAGGAACUCUUGACUCCCUCCAUCAGACGCUGCUACAAGAGGGACACAGGAGCUGUGGUGGUUUCACCAGCGAUAUACCGCUGAGUGAAACCAACACCACAGUCUGCUUCUGAUACCGGUCCGGGGCAAUAUAUUGAUAUAUUGCCCAAGCCUACUAGCCACACAUGGUUAAUAAUAAUAAUUACUAUUAUUUUUUAUACACCACCCAUCUGGCUGGGUUUCCACUCUGGUUGUGUCACAAGGAGGAACAAAGCAAUAAUUUUAGACUUGAAAUUUGUAUAGAAACAGUUAAUAAUAAACUCUGCUGCAGCAACUUCUUCCACAGUAACCAAAGAAGCUGGCUUAUCCUUAGCUUAGUCCUUUGGAACUUUAACCGUAAUUUCCAUUUUAACCCUUCAAGUGGCUUUCCCCUGACGGGUAUGUGACAUCUGUGCCUCACCAGGUGAUUUCCGCUACACUCCCAGCCUGCAACAGGAACCAGCUCUGAAGAACUCAAAGCUUAUCAGCAGCCUCUACCUGGACAAUACCAACUGCCACCCCGAUAUUGUCAUACCAUCCCGGCAAAAGGCCACUGAACAGAUCAAAGAGGUGAUCAGAGCCCACCCCCAUCACCAGGUUAAGAUUGGUAAGUAGUCCUAAUAGGUUUGGAAGACGUUUCUUAAACUGGGUGAGGAACUCAAGGCCUUCCAGGUGUUGCUUAACUAUAAUUCGCAUCCCUGAUCUUUGGCCACGCUAGCUUGGGCUGAUGGGAGCUGGAGUCCAGCAACAGGUUCUCCAUCCCUGUGUUGGCUAACACACUGGAAUUUUCAGUGGCUGUUCAGAAAGGAACACAAGUAUGGACCUCAUGCAGCGGUUCCCAAACUUUCUCCCCCACAGACCACUUGAAAUUUGCUGAGGGUCUUUAUGAACCAAUUAAAGAUUUUUCAUUUUUACAGACAUACCACAGACUACCUGGAUUUGUGGACUGCUGGUGGUCCUUGGGCCACAGUUUGGGAAUCCUUAAUCUUAGGACAUUAAAGAAAUCUUACCUUUUUCAAGUGAGGUUUACAAGCACAUCUCCCCCAAAUUCAUAUGUGAAAAUCAAUCGUGUACAAUGAAUUACUCUGAAGGAUGUGAAUCCAUAAAAUCUGGAUGAUAAAUUCAUAGCUGGGUUUAGUAGUGCAAGGAUCAUUAACCACUGGGGCAGGCACUCACUUGGGGACAGAGUAGAAUUACUUGGAAAAUGUACACACUAUACCUUUAAACCAUGUACAUUCCUACAAUGAAUUCUGGGCACUGUAGUUUAAGGGUUGCUGGGAAUAAUUAUAGUGAUACCUCAGGUUAAGUACUUAAUUCAUUCCGGAGGUCCGUACUUAACCUGAAACUGUUCUUAACCUGAAGCACCACUUUAGCUAAUGGGGCCUCCUGCUGCUGCCGUGCCACCGGAGCACGAUUUCUGUUCUCAUCCUGAAGCAAAGUUAUUAACCCGAGGUAAUAUUUCUGGGUUAGAGGAGUCUGUAACCUGAAGCAUAUGUAACCUGAGGUACCACUGUAUUCUCUGAGAGGUAAACAAUAGUGCCUAGAAUUCUUGAGGAAAAGAUUGUGUUCAAAAUGUGCUUUAAAAAUAUAGUCUAUACGCAGCCUUGAACUCCAGAGUAACAGCUAAGCUGCUGCUAUAUCAGAAGCCCUGAGAUUAAGGUACUAUUAGCUGCUGAAUAAACUUCACUGUGCCUCAUGCCGUCUGGCCUUUGAAAUGCUUACAGUUCUUUCUCCUCUUCUAGGUACUUAUAGUUUAGGAAAAGAGUCGCUGUUGGUGGAACUGGCCAAGGAAUUUGGCACCUGGAUUGUGGUAAGUCCCCAGAAACUGGAACUUAUGAAACUGCUGGAGAUGGAGGAUGUGUUCACCUCUGAGGAAGGAAUGGGUAGGAUUCAUGCUGUGGAUUUUUCAGAAAUCCGCCAAGCAAAUAUGAAUUGCUGGAACCAGAGCCAUCCGACCAUAGCUGUUCUCCCUACCAGCCGGCCGCUGAAGUUCCAGCACCCUGACAUCCACGUUGUUCCCUACUCAGACCACUCAUCUUUCCAAGAGUUGCUGGAAUUUGUAGCUUGGCUAAAGCCCUGCUCUAUAAUCCCGGUGGUAAAAAAAGAAGAAUGCCAGAUGUAUUUCCAACAAUACUUGACAGCUAAAAACUGCACACCACUGGAGUCCAAAGUCCCCGAAUCAGUGAAAAUAUUCAUGCAGCAAGGAAACAGUAAGUGGGAAAGGCCCUCAAAACAGCUGAAACUGAGUAUCUCUCACCAUGUACCCAAAGGGGUUUUGUUUGACCCCCCAGAAAUAUGUAGCAGUGAGAGUGAAAAUGGCUGUGAUGCAGAGAUUUCCCAGCAAAGCUGCCCGGAGCCCGUGGAGAAAGCUGUCCCUUGCUCUCAAUCUGGCUGUGUUGAGGAGGACCAAAAAGACAUAACGGCAAAACAAGAAAACCUUGAGAGCCAGAGAGCAAUAAUGUCUGAAUCUAUGACAUCUUCCAAACAUCAGCUGAAGGGCAGUGGUGUCAAUCAGUGUCAAAAAUGCCAGGCAACUGUGACAUUGAAACACACAAAUACAUUGUCCUGGUUUGAAAGGGAUGCAGAAAGAACGCUUUGUUCCUCUGUAGGCAGUGAAUGUAUGGGGAAUCUGGCCUUGGAGAACCAUGUACCCUCAACAUCACAUGCUGCUCAGAUUGAUACACAUGACCCGUUCGCCUCUCCAGCAGAUGUAACAUACCAGCCUGUCGAUGAACAGGCUCCCCAAGGUCUCCUUCAGGAAUAUGAUUUAUCUCCGCUCAACAUCCCAAAGCAACUUUCUCUCCAACACUUCGACUGGCAAGUAGAUAACUACUUGAAAAAAGGAAAAGACACAAAAUGGAAUAACGAGGAAGGCAAAUCUGCAAUUGGGAUGGCAGAACUAGCAGCAGCCAGUGCAAGGACAUCAGCUAAUGCAAAAGGGCUUCUCUCAGCUUCACCCCCUGCCCAAAUUGGCUCUGGGAGGUGAGGAGAACCCUCAUAACAGUGUGUGGGGCAGGGGAGGAGAGGGAGAAGCAGAAAUACUUGCAGUGAUGGGAGCGAUCUCCUUAACACUACUUUGAAUUCCACUCACUGUUGUUUUCUAGUAAAGUUUAUUUUCUUCUGAAUUAAAAAAAAAAAAGAACUGCAAAACUCCAGUAGUGUAUGGUUGGUAUAUAAAUUUCAAGAUAGGACAGUUGUUUCCUCCUGAACACUGCUGGGGGAAGUGGUCUCAUACUUUAUACAAAAAGUUAAACUUCUGCAUCCACGUUUGAGGCUUUGCUUGUUAAUUCUUGGGGGUUAUCAACAUAAUGAUCAAAGCCAGUGCGUGCUCUUAUCUUUACCUUAGCCUUAAUCCAUUGGCAACAGCAGAAUAUUGUAUAAACGCUUUAUAGUGUGUGUGUGGGGGG